AUGGACACAUCCACUGAGACUGACAAAAAAGUAGAGUUUUACAUUGGCGAUUGUCCGAAUGUUACGGAAACGACCUCGUCUUCCUCUUCGGAGUCCUCCUCGGCCUUGAAGCCUCCGGCAACAGUCACAGAGUUGUCGUCUUCCUCCUCCUCGAGCAGUCCAGAGUCGGCAGCCCCGGCAAGGAGAGAACCUUCCUCUUCGGAGUCCUCCUCGCCAUCGAAGGGUCCUGCGACAUCCCCAGACUCCUUGUCUUCCUCCUCCUCCUCCUCCGACGACUCCCAGACCCAGACCCAGACCGAGCCCGAGUCCGAGGAUGAUAGUUACCCCUGCUCACAGGGUUGA